CAAGUAUCAUCCAUAAGCCUUUCAUCUCCAUUGCAUCCUCUCUUCUAUACUCCUCUCAUCUUCAAACCUCUCCGACCAAAAUGGCAGCGACAAUGGCAACAUCAGCAAAAUGCAUGUCCCUAAACACAUCUCCUCCGACCAAACUCCAAAACCAAACCAAACCCGCAAAAACCUCCAUCUCCCUCCCAACCCCACCAAAACCCACCGUCUCCCUCACCGUCACCAGCACCGCCCUCGCCGGCGCCGUCUUCUCCGCCCUCAGCUACUCCGAACCCGCUUUCGCCGCUCACCAAAUCUCUCAGCUCGCCGCCGCCGCCGCGUCUCAAGGCAGCGACAACCGUGGCCUAGCUCUCCUCCUCCCCAUCGUCCCGGCCAUAGGGUGGGUCCUCUUCAACAUCCUCCAGCCGGCUCUUAACCAGAUCAACAAGAUGCGUGCGAGCAAAGGAAUCGUCGUGGGUCUCGGCAUCGGUGGUGGUGGUCUCGCUGCGUCGGGGCUUUUGACUGUGCCUCCCGAGGCGUCGGCUAGGAUGGUUAAUGAGAUGGCGGCGGUGGCGGCAGCGGCGGCGAAGGUUGAGGAUAAUAGGGGACAGUUGUUGUUGUUCGUUGUUGCACCGGCACUGCUUUGGGUUCUUUACAAUAUAUUGCAGCCUGCUUUGAACCAGCUCAACAAAAUGAGGAAUAAGUAAUAAUCUUGUUAUUAUUGAUAAUAUUUAAAAUCAUUGUUGGGAUUCAAAAUGUAAAAUUAAAUCCUUUGUUUUAUGGACAGAUUCUCUGGUUAAAUUUUGGACAAAAAUAUUCUUGUUCUCUUACUAGUGUUUACUCAGUUUUAGCUGUAACUAGGUUCUAAGAUCAUCUCACCAUAAUUUCUUGUUGAUACAAUCUACACCAAAACUUAAACAUAUGUCUAGUGACUGUAUCUUAUUUAGGAUGAAAAUGUCUGCAUUUUUAUUGUACAUUUGCAUGUGUUGUUCUUGCUAUGAUUUAAUGUAACUCUCCUAGAUAUGAGAUUAUAGAAACAGUUAGUUAUUUU